AUGUCGUCUCCCUACUCUCUCGACCGCAAGGGGCUCUUGAACUGUCCUGGCAUCUCUCCCGCGAGCAAGAAGAUUACGGAGGAUAUUAUACGCUAUGAUGCGGACGAGCAUCACUGCAUUUAUAGAGCUCCCAGUAUUCACAAUCAUUUGAGUCAUCACCUUCUUGCGGUGUACGACCUUGGUGGCAGGCCGUCUAUUUUACAGAACAUUGAGAAACGAAGGCAGACUAUGCAGCGUCCAAUCUUAUUGGACCCAUCGGACAAGGAUAUUAUCUUGACAGAUGAGAACUGGACACAGUACCUGGAUAAUCCCAAUGCAUAUUAUGGGUUUGUCAAGUUUUUCUCAACCAGCAUCCGCAAUCAUGGUGUUGCGGCAACACUUGAACAGUACAUAUUUUCUGAUCGUGCAAGGGACGAAGGCAAGAUGAUCAUCCGUACGUACGGCAUUGAGUUUGGUCACGAUCAACUCGUUGCGACUGGUCUCGCAAUGGGCGCUGUGACAAAGCCGUUUCCGGCUGUUCUCUUCCACUACGACAACCCUCCUGCGGGCGACGUUGUCACCAACGACAGCAGGCCAAGGAAUCGACAACCAUCGCGAGGACCUUCUUUGCUCGCCCUUCUCAAAGACAUAUACGACAGCUCGCAGUUGGCACCGGUCAUGCCAUAUGACCGAGAGAAGACGAUAUACGAUAAUCUGCGAGACUUCAUGGCAAGCGAUCGUCCCCGGGAGACACGACGCAUUAUUUCCAGAUACUUCGUCGAUUACUCCUCCGGGGAGGUCGAGUACGAGACAAAGCCUGAGCUCUUGAUGUCGUACAGCGAGACACCACGACCACCCGUGCGGGUGUCAACAACUCCCGACCCCACUUGUCUGGGCGACCCCGCCAAUGACGCAGACUAUCACCCUUGGCCUGACAUCAUCGCGGCGGCCCUUCCGUUUCCUGACGCCCAUCUCCCCAAGACUUUGCGGACACUCGUUUACGCAGCACAGCAAUAUGGCGAUGCCGCACCAGGGAACGCCAUCGGGGCCUUUGUUGCAGGCAGACCGUCUGAUAAGCUAGUCGAGACCCAUACUGGUACGGCUCAGAUGGAUGGGACUAUUUUCGUCAGGGCUGCGGGCAUGAUGAUGGAUUACAUGGGUUGGGCGACGUAUGGACAGAAACCUAGGACAGACUGGGACAGGAGCGGGCUGGGCUGGGAUGAUGCUUGGAAUGAUGUGGCUGCCUCAAUUGGCGAGCUGCAUCCAAUUGAAUCGGAUUCCCCAAUCGACGGUCAAAAUUGCUCUGAAGAUGCUGAAAGCAAAAAGGUGUAA